GCUCUGGUCUUUUAUUUCCAAAAAAAAUAAAAAUAGGCUCUGGUCUUCGAGUCUGCAUUUGCAUAGUUUGGUGGCACAAUAAUCUGAGAGCUGUGGUGACAAAGAACACUAUUACUUAGUUGUCUUGUCUCUCUAAAAAUCCCAUGUUAUUGUUGAAUACCAGGUUUCAUAUUUCCAUAACUAGAAAUGGGAAAGAAGCAAUCUUUGCGCACCAAAGCUACCAAUUUUGUAUCUGUCCUUCUCAACCCCAUCUCUGAUUCUGACACUCACAAUCACAAACCCUCCAAAAACCCUUCACCUUCACCUCCUUCUGAAGAAGUAGGUGAAUCAAAAACAAGUGAAUCAGAGACAACUGAUGAAGAGGGUAGCCAUGAUUUAGUUGAUGAGCCUGAUACUUCAUCCUUCACUGCAUUCCUCUAUUCUCUGUUGUCUUCCUCAGACUCUGGAGAUAAUGCAAAGCCACAUGGAAAAGAUGAUGAUAAAGCUGCAUCUGAUUACCCUUUACCAGAUUCAUCCCUGAAGGAAAAUAGUGGGAAGAAAAGUUUGUUUUCUAGAAGUAAGCAAUCACUUGGUAGAGCUAUUCGCCAAGCUGCUAGAAUUGGUGGAUUUCGCUAUCAAGAUCGGAAGGAUAAUUUUGAAAUGAAAUUUGAUGAUGGGCAUGGUUCUAAAAUUUCUGGCGUUCAUCAUAUUGAGCCUGUGGAAGAGUCAGUGCGUACUAUGCCUUUGGUUGAUGUGCCAGAAAUUUCUGAACCUUCAGUUUUCCUUUCAGACAGUUUAAGAAGUGUUCUCUAUGCUUCUCUUCCACCUCUUAUGCAAGGAAGGAAAUGGAUGUUGCUGUACAGCACUUGGAGGCAUGGUAUAUCACUUUCAACUCUUUACAGGAGAAGCAUGCUUUGGCCUGGAUUGAGUUUGUUGGUUGUUGGAGAUCGAAAAGGAGCAGUGUUUGGCAGCUUGGUGGAAGCACCUCUAAGACCAUCCAACAAGAGAAAAUACCAGGGAACAAACAAUACAUUUGUUUUCACAAAUACCUCUGGUCAUCCUGUUAUAUAUCGUCCAACAGGGGUAAACCGCUAUUUUACACUCUGUAACACUGACUUCUUAGCAAUUGGUGGGGGAGGCCAUUUUGCACUCUAUUUGGAUGGUGAUUUAUUGAAUGGCUCAAGUUCGACCUCAGAAACUUAUGGGAAUCCUUGCCUUGCAAAUUCUCAAGACUUUGAAGUGAAGGAAGUAGAGCUGUGGGGCUUUGUGUAUGCUUCAAAAUAUGAGGAAGUACUCGCACUAAGCAGAACAGAGCUACCUGGAAUAUGUCGAUGGUAAAUAUUAUUUACCUGGUGCGAAUUAUAUGCUGAUGGCUUGCAGUUAGCAUUUCAUUGAAUGGUCACUAUCCCUCUAGUGAGCAAUGCCAAGUUCAUAGACAAUGUAAUGGAGAAUUUUUAUGUAUCCAAUCAUGUAUCCAUUAAGAAGCAAACAUAUAUGUAAAUAUUUACCAAGCCUAUAUGUAUAAAGUGGAG